AGUUUUCGCGGUUUUCCAAGAUUCCCAGUUGAGCCACAUACCUGAGAGGGCGCGAGGAGGCAGAGGGACGUAUGCUGAGAGUGCUGACUGCUGAAUGCUGAACAAAGUGCUGAGUAGCUUGGUGCUGCUGCACGGACGCCACGGCGCCAGUCACCAGGGAAGGACAGCAACCACAAUGGGACCAAAAAGACAGAAAACCACAGAUGAAAACCAUGCAGUGCUGUGUGGCAUCCCUGAGGACAGCAGCAGCACACACCAGCAUGCAGCACACACUCCUGCCCCACUCAUACUCAGUCACACCUCCAUCACAAAGGGAUAUCAAGAGAACAGUACACCACAGCUCACAGUUGAACAGACAGAACAUUCUUGUGCAGCCAGUACCCUUAGAGAGAGGCUACAAGCCACAGCACAGACAGAACAGCCCCACGCAGCCUUUAGCCUCAUCCCAAAGCCACAGACCACAGCAGAAGAAAGAGAACAGCUUCAUGCAGUUUCUUUAUUUCUCAGCAGCAAACCACAGACAACAGCAGAACAAAUAGAACAGCUUCCCACAGCAGACCAAACAGAGCAACCCCCUUUAUCCCUCCCUGCCACUCAGACCUCAAUCGCUACUCAAUAUUUGGACAUUGAGAGAAGGCUGUGUGGGAAACUGGUGUCCUUACCUUAUGGAGAGGCGGUGCAGUAUGUGUACAACCCCGUGGACUAUGCCUGGGAGAUCCACCGAGACUUUGUGUUGAAAUUCUGCCAAGGGAGGAAGAAAGUGCUACUUUUAGGAAUGAACCCUGGGCCGUGGGGCAUGGGGCAGACUGGGGUUCCCUUCGGCCACGUGGGAUACGCUAAGGAGUGGCUGGGAGUGACGGGGAGGGUAACACGGCCAGCACAGGAACACCCCAAGCGGCCGGUGACAGGCUUGGAAUGUGGCAGGAGUGAGGUGAGUGGGGAGCGCAUGUGGGGGCUUCUGAAGGAGCUGAGCGGCACCCCAGACGUCCUCUUCACCCACAUCUUCAUCCACAACUACUGUCCGCUCUUCUUUCUCAAGGACUCUGCAAAGAAUGUCACUCCCCCAGAAUUGAAGGUGAAGCAACGCAGUGCCCUGGAGGAGGAGUGUGAUCGGGCCCUGGUGGAGGUGGUACAUCUGCUGGGGGUGCAGUGUGUGGUGGGGGUGGGGAAGUAUGCCACAGACCGCACCAAGGUGGCUCUCAGGCAGGCUGGCAUUGAGGAUGUGCAGGUCAGCACUUUAAUGCAUCCAAGCCCAGUCAAUCCAGCAGCUAACAAAGGCUGGAGAGACAUAGCCAUCAGACAGCUCACAGAAAGCAGCCUCCUCCACUACUUCCAGCCCCACCCCACUGUUACUUGAAGGGCUGAACUCUGCACCUGAUCCCUUAUACUCGCCUUUCAAGUAAUCACUGGUGAGAGAGGCAGUGCAAUCAUAAUCAUAAUCAUAACUCAGGGAAGAUUGUAUAGAAUGGUGGCAGAAAAGAGAAAGAUAGAAAGAGAGUCUGAGAGAUUGUACUGCUCAAGAAAGGGAUUUCAUGCAAAUAGUAGCAAGAAAAGUGAGAAGACAGAGACAGUGCAAGAAGUCAUAACUCAGGGAAGAUGCAGUGCUGAUAGAAAAGUGAGAGAGGGAGUGAAAUCCCACUACUCAAGGAAGACACUGCAUGCAAAUAGUAGUUAGGAAAGUGAGAAAAAGAUAGUUGAGACAUUCCACUACCAUGCACAAUUAGUAGCAGAAAAGUGAGAGAAGAUAGAGAAAUUCCAGUCCCCACAAACAAACAGGAGCAGAAAAGUGAGAAAACAACAGCCUGAGAAAUUCAAAUACCACAUGCAAACACUAGAAAAGUACCUCAUUCACAUACAUCACUCAAUCAGCAAUGGGGAAGAAAGACCAGUUCAUGGAGGAGGCGUUUGAGCAGGCAAGGGAGGCACUGGCUGUUGGGGAGGUGCCAGUUGGAUGCGUCUUUGUGUACAGAGACGAGGUAAUUGCCCGUGGCCGUAACACCGUCAAUGAGACCCACAAUGCAACACGACAUGCUGAGAUGAACUGUGUGGAUGGGACUCUGGUGUGGUGCAAGGAGAGAGGGCUGGACCACUGUGCUGUGUUCUGCGAGGUGAGUGUGUACGUGACAGUGGAGCCUUGUGGGAUGUGUGCUGAUGCAUUAGGGCAGCUGGGCGUGUCAGGUUUGGUGUUCGGGUGCUCCAAUGACAGAUUUGGUGGGUGUGGGUCAGUGGUGGAUGUGCCACAGUUGUAUGGUCACCAGUAUGCCAUAGAGAAGGGUGUGCGUGCUCAUGAUGCUGUACACCUGUUGAAAGAGUUUUAUAAAGGUGAGAAUCCUAAUGCACCAACAGACAAAGCUAAGAGGAAAACAUAAAGGGGGUUGUAUUUGUGGUGAUAUGACUGGAAGUUUACAAAGGCAAGGAUUCUAAUGUGCUAACAGAAAAAGCUAAGAGGAAAACAUGCAAGUGGUUGUAUUUGUGGUGGUGGUUGGGAGUUUACAAAGAUAAGGAUUCUAAUGCCGACAGACAAGGCUAAGAGGAAAUCAUAAGGUGUGGUUGAAUUUGUAAAAGUUAUUAUUAUGGGGUGCUUUUCUUAGUUGGAGUUUAAUAAAGCUGAGAAUUCUGAUGCACCAACUCACAAAACUAUGAGGAAAACAUAACAGUGGUUGUAUUUGUAAAAAUUAUUGAUUUAGCAAGAGAAAACAUCAGGCAUCAUUGCAUAUGUGGGAUAAAAGUAACUGAUAUGUGGCACUGUAAUUGGAGUUUUAACUGAGAAUUAAGAUACACCAACACACAACAGGAUAGCAUAAGACAUCAUUGUACUUGUGGUGUAAAAGUUACUGAUUCAUGAUGCUGUGGUGGUGAGGUACAAAGGCCCUGAAGUUAUCUUGGGAUCCGACAAUCACUUGGUUGUGAUAUCUAAUUUUACCCUGCCCUUUAAAUUUGUAAGAGUCACUAAGGUUUCAAGGAGGCAUGACUGCAUUGUGGCCUGGACUGUGAGCAAGGAGGCCAAACCAGCUUAAGGUGAUGCCAGAAGAUAUUAUUGGGUGUCUAGCAACAGGUGUGGGAGUGAUGGCCCAAUAAUAAACAAAACUGGGUGUCAGAAGGGGUUUGGGCAUGUGUGAGAGUGGUGGCCCUUGUACCUUUCAUAUAACUGUCUGGGAGCAGGUGUGGGAGUGUUGGCCUACUCACCUGUACUAUCUGGCCAUCUCUUAUUUUGUUGCUUCUUAGGAAUUUAAUCUAAUUUGUCAUUAAACUUAUGAAAAGUAUGCUAAAUUGAACCAUGUGUCCUGUUUCUCUCAGAUUUUAGCCAUUAGAGUUAAACACAGUAGGGUACACGACAGCGAACUUAAUUUGUUCCAAUGUAGCGUUCGUUAUGGUGAAGGUGCCUUAUGGCAACUGAAGAACCUAUGGGAAAAAAAUAAUUGGUUCCAGAAAACCAGAAAGUACUAUAAAAAAGCAUAAUUUUUAAAAACUUACAUGAAAAUGAGCACAUUUGCACUACUAAAUGAUAUGUACAGUACUGGCCUGAGUUUCACACCUACUCCUAAAUUCUUACCAUCCUGAGUUUCGUGCAUUACCACCCAGAAUUUCACGCUGCUUUGACAAGUAGAGGUCACAUUUACCUACUGUGUUGGCGUCACACAUAUACUCGUAAGUAGGUACAUACUGUAAAUCCUGCCCAAGUCACACUCUCUCUCUCUCUCUCUCUCUCAUUUUGUCAUUUUCACUUCAUGGUUUCUCACUUGUAUAUGUAAUUCCAUUUUCAUUCUAAAUUUUUUCUCAUUCUAUUUAGUAAUCCUUAGAAUUGUUCUUACAUUCACAAAGAGAGAGAGAGAGAGAGAGAGAGAGAGAGAGAGAGAGAGAGAGAGAGAGAGAGAGAUUCUCUCCCUUGUCUCUUAUCUCUGACAGAUAAGGGGGAGGGGAGGUGACAUGGAGGGAGGUUUGAGACAAGAUGAAAGAAGGGAGAGGAAAGGAAAAAGGGAGGAAAUGACAGGCGCCGGAUGGGUGAGCAACGACUUGCAUAGUUGGUGAGUUAGUUUUGCAAGAUUUAUUUUGUUAUUCCAAUUAAAUUUUAUUAAAAUUUCGGUGCCAGCACAAAUGGCAAGUUCGUCUUGCUAGUUUUGGUUCCUUACUCCAAUUAAAUUUUUAUUAAAAUUCCAGUGCUUGCACUAAUGGCGUGUUCAUUAUGCCAGUUUUGGUUCGUUAUUCCAAUUAAAUAUUUAUUAAAAUUUUGGUACCUUAUUACAGUUAUUUGUUAUAAUGACUGCACUGUUGUAUAUCCCUCUGGGCUGAUAAUUUGUACCUUCUCUCUUUUUUAUAAUUAUUUUCUUGGUGUUAAUUUGAAAUGUAAUGAUGUGAGGCAUAAAAUUAUGUCUGUGAGGGAAUAUUGAAGUGAAAUAAAACAUUGACAGAAGCA